AUGGCGAACGUCCUGUACUUCCUCCGCGUGGCGUCGGACCAGGCGCUAUCGCCCGAGACGAUGGAUACGGCGGUGGCGUGGGCCUGUUAUCGCGGGCCCGGGCUGCUCGAGUCGCUCCUGCGGACCCUCCAGCAGGCCCUGGUCCCGACGUUGUUGUUUAAUCGCUGGCCGACGAGCAUCGAGAAGGACGUCCAGACGGCCCUACAUCGAUUUAUGGCGAUCAUGGUCGAGGACGUGAACCACCUGCGGGGGCGGACGGUGUUGUACGUCCCGGAUGACCUCACGGGGGCCGACCGCGCGCUCGCCUCGAACGACCGCGAGGUCGUCCAGCGCUACGAGGCCACCGUCAUCCACUGGACCCGCCAGAUCAAGGCCGUCAUCGGCGAGCAGGGCGCCAACGCGGGCUUCGAGGAGCGCGGGCCGCUCGACGAGAUCCACUACUGGCGAUCCCGCGCGCGCGAUUUGGAUAACAUUCGAGUCCAGCUCAACCGCUCGGACGUCGGCGCGAUCGUCUCGAUCCUGCGCGAGGCGAAGUCGUUCUAUUAUUUGGAGCCUUUUUUGGACCUCCAGGCCGAUAUCGAGCGCGGGACCGUCGAGGCCUUUGACAACCUCUGCUUCCUGAGCACCCUGAUCGACCCCUGUGAGCGGCUCGCGGUGGCCAAACUGAAGGAAAUCCCCGGCCUGAUUGGGGAUAUUUUGGUCAAGGCGCAGUUUAUCUUAAUGCACUCCAAGCACUAUCGAAAGGAGCGGUUUUGCCAUCUGCUGCGCAUGGUCUCGGACGAGAUCAUCCGCCGCUGUAGUGUGCGCAUCGACAUCGCCGCCAUCCUGCGCGGCGACGUCGCGCAGAGUAUGGUGGCCCUGCAGGAAAGCAUCAGCGCAGGCGAGGCGUGGAUGCGGGAGUGCCGGAAGAUGCUCCUCGCGACCAAACUCCGCUUCAAACACGAGAAGGGCGAGAAGCUCGAGAUCGACGAGGGCUCCUUGCUCAACGAGAUCGACGGCUUCGUCAGCCAUCGCUGCCAGAACCUGAAGGAGAUCUGUCAGGGGCAGAUGCAGUUCGGCUUUCGCAGCAUCAGCAGCCCCGCCGCGGCGUCGUCGCGGCCCUCGCGGCAUCGGCUCUCCCAGCGCGCCAAGGCGACCCCUCGGGGCUCCUUUUUUCCCCCCACCGACCCCCACGCCGGCCGGGCCGCCCUUCAACUCCCCGACCUCAACGGCACCCAGGCCGAGUUGGAGGGGAUGUUUGAGGGGCGGCUGCCGCUUUUUAGCGGGAACAAAGGCCCGGAGAUCGAGUCCCAGCUGAUGGACAUCCAGCGCGCCUUCAAGUCCAAGAUCGACAUGCUCCGCGGGCUGGAUUAUAACAUCCUGGACGUCAAGUCGACCAAGUGGAUUGACGACUUUGGCGUGCUGAAGACGGACAUGGACAGCCUGUCGAUGGUGAUGCGGCAGAUCAUCACGGCGGCCUUUGACAGCAUCGCCACGACCACGACCGGGGCGGAAUACAUCGAGGCCUUCUACGUCCUAAGCCGAAACGAGGAGCUCCUGCUUCAGCUCGAUCGCAGCAAGGAUCUCGUCUUUCGGCUUUUUAUGACCAGCGUGAAGAUGGUCCAGGCGGAGAUUCAGCGCUACUUUAAUCGAAAACCCACGCUGUUUUAUCUCCACCCCCCGUCCGCGGGCCACGCGUACUGGGCGGUCAACAACAUCGCGGCGAUCUCGCAGGGCUAUGAGGAGCUUUACCGCUGCUAUUACCUCCCGGAGUCGCCCGAGUCCCAGGAGGCGAUGGAGUUGUACGACCGCCUCGUGCGGUCGCUGAAGGAGACGGUGCGGAAGUAUUACCUGGACUGGCGCGAUUCCCUCCCGUCCAAGCCGGCGGAGUACCUGGACAGCUAUUUGCUGGUGCGCCGCCAGGACGGCGGCAAGACGACGGAGGAUCCGCCGCGGUUUGAGGUGAACUUCCCGAAGCCGCUGCUGUUGUUGUUUGACGAGGUGCGGUAUUGGCAGCGCCUCGGGGAGACGAUCCCGGCCCACGUGCAGGAUAUUUGCUCCAAGGAGGAGCGGCUGCGGGUUUGCCGGGAGAACAUCGCCCUCGUGACUCGCACCUACAACCACGUCAUCACCUCUUUGGAGACCCGCGAGGAGCUGCGGCUUUUUAUGCUGCGAUUGCGCUUUCUGGAGUCGAAAUACCAGCCCGGGCUGACCAAAUUGUGGUGGAAUUCGCCCGGGAUUGUCGAGUACUACGUGCGGGAGUGCCGGUCCCAGACGGAGGGCGUGCAGAACAUCGUCGACGACUACAAACACACGCUAAUUUUUGUGGAUCACUUUUGCCGGGCCAUCGCGGACACCUUGUCGGUUUCCUUCGAGCUGAAGAAAACCUCCGUGCUCUCCGCCUUUGUGGAGCGGCAAACGCUCUAUCGCCGAAGCGUCCGGGCGAAGCUGAAGGGGGUUUUUGGCCGCAUUGUGGACCGUCUUUACCACCUGUUUCACUACUUCCGCGAGGACUACACGCACGACGAGGUGGUGCGCGCGGAAUGGCAUCAUUUGAUGGAGAGCGUCGAGCUAAAGCUCGAGGAGGCGCUCAAGACGAUGGUCAAGCGGUCUUUGUUGACGGUCGAGCGCACCCUCCCGUCCGAGGUCUCCGAGGAUCGGCUGUGCGAUAAGGUCUUCCGCCUCGACGUCGUCAUCAGCGUCGCCGAGGACGUCAACAAGCCGAUCAUCCUCGCGAUGCCCAGCGUCGAGGACGUCUCCAAGCAGGUCAACGAGGUGUGCAAGCAGAUCAUCGCGACCGUGCAGGAUUUACCCCACAUCGAGGACUCCCUCGCCGCGCGCAUCGCGGGCGAGAACGCGGAGGAGCUCGCGGAGCAAAACUUCGCCCCCGUGGCCUACCAAGGCCGCCCCACGGAGGAUCUUCACCUGCGCGGGACCUACUUUGAGUGCAUGGCAGGGGACGAGGAUAUCAUCUUGUCCCUUCAGCGCAUCCAAACCUCCUUUAUCGCGAUCAGCGAUAAAGUCAAGGACAAGCUGCUCCACAUCUGGCGGCUUCACCAAUCCCUCUCGACGGACAAUCUGUGGGCGACCGAGAAGCAGGACAAGCGCAUCAAGCAGGGCUGGAAGCCGGAGGACUACCGGAUCAACAUGGACAACGUCAUGCACCGGCGGGAUGGGAUGGACAAGCAGGAGCCCUUCGCCGAGGUGCACUUUUUGCUGCUCGAUUUCAACAAAAUGAAGGAGACCUUCCGCACGCAAUGCCAGCUCGUGAUCAAGCACUACCACGGGCUCCUCUACAGCGAUGCGAAGCACGAGCUGGACCUGCUGUACCGCGGCUUCCGCACCACCAUCGAGGGCCUCACGCGCGAGCCCCGCACGCUGGAUCAGCUCGGCGAGCAGGUCCGCCAGUGCGCCGAGGCGAUCGACAACCUGCCCGCGAUCUCCGCCCGCUUCGAGCCCUUGCAGGAUCGCUUUAGCCUGAUCACGUCGGAGUUGUACAACUUCGGCGGGGUCGACCCCGACGACGUCGCGCGCUGCGCCGCCCUCCCGGACGUUUUCGCCGACUACAUCGACAAGUUCAACGCCGUCCGGCGCCAGCUCGACGUCUACAAGGAGCAGUUCAAGCACGACCUCGAGACCGACCUGCGGGGGCUGAUCUCGAACAGCUUUCUCCUGCAUCGCCAGGUCGCCGAGGAGGCGCCGAUCGCCUGGGGGCUGGCCACCCCCGCGGCGUUCGCGGAGCUGGAGGGGAUGGAGGGCCGCGCGCGCGGGCUUCGGCGCACCGAGCAGGACCUCCAACACGGGAUCGAGAUCUUCAACCUCGCCCGGCCCGGGCUGGAGGAUCUCGCCAGCGCCGAGUCCCAGCUCGCGCUCCUGCGGCAGCUCUGGGGGCUGGUGGAGAAGUGGAAGCUCCGGCGGCAUCGCUGGAUGCACAUGUACUUCAUGACCCUCAAUAGCGACCUGAUGUUGGAAGGGCUGGAGAAGAUCCGCCGCGAGGUGCUCGGCCUCCGCAAGGACCUCGAGCACUUCGACGUCUGGCUCCGCCUCAAGGACGACAUUGACCUUCUGAAGAAGAUUCUGCCGAUCAUUGACGACAUGCGAACGCCGGCGAUGCGGCAGCGGCACUGGGAGUUGAUCAAACUGCAGAUGGACAUCGACUUCGACAUCAACGACGAGGGGUUUUGCCUGCAGUGCCUGAUGGACGCGCGGGUGGAGACGCAGGCGGAGUUCAUCGCCAACCUCUCGGUCGCCGCCCGCGAGGAGCUGAAGAUCGAGACGAACCUGGACAAGAUCCACCAGUACUGGGACGCCGCGAGCUUCACGAUCGAGCCCCAUCAGGGCUACAACCGCAUCACCCACCUGGACGACCUAAACACCGCCCUGGCGGAGCACCUGACGCUGCUGACCGCGUCGAAGAUGUCCCGCUUCGUGGAGAACUUCCGCGGGCGGGUGAUUCAGUGGGAGCAGACCCUCUCCAUCGUCACCGACACGAUGGAAGGGCUGAUGAACGUGCAGACCAAAUGGAUGUACCUCGAAAACAUCUUCAUCGGCUCUGAGGAUAUCAAGCGCAAGCUCGUCGCGGAGGCCAAGAAGUUCGACUCCAUCCACGCCCAAUGGCUGACCAUCAUGUCGCGGUUGGUCAAGGACCCGAACGUCGUCCGCGGGACGCGGCGGGAUACCCUGCUGGACCAGCUCAACACCAUGAGCGCGGAGUUGGAGGUGAUCCAGAAAAGCCUGGAGUGGUUUUUGGAGGACCGCCGGCGGGUCUUCCCGCGGUUUUAUUUCCUGUCGAAUGACGACCUGCUGGAGAUUUUGGGCCACGUGAAGGAGCCGUCGAAGGUCCAGCCGCACCUUCGCAAGUGCUUCGAGGGGCUUUACCAGCUUUCCCUCAAGCAGGUGCGGGGCCGGACGAUCGUGGAGGGGAUGGCCUCCGCGGACGGGGAGUUCGUGCCGUUCGGGAUGCCGAUGCCGCUCGACGGCCUGCCGGUCGAGGUUUGGCUCCGCAACGUCGAGGCGAAGAUGCGGGAGACGGUCCAAUCCAGCGUCAAUCGCACCCUCCACGACCUCCAGCGCGGCGUCUACGACCCGCGCCACCCGAUCAACCGCGAGAAGCUCAAGGCCUGGGUGGAGCGGAACGAAGGCCAGUCCCUCAUCACCGCGGCGUCGAUCAACUGGACGCAGCAGGUCGAGCUCGCGAUCGGCGAGUACGGCGAGCUCCACACCAGCGCCGGGCUCAGCCUCGCGCGGCGCAAGCUCUCCCCUUUAUACCGCGUCUACAAGAAGUGGAAAGGGAUGAUUCGGAAGUACUGCCAGAUGGUCCGCCAGCCCCAGAGCCGGCUCCAGCGCACGAAGUUGGUCGCCCUGGUGACCAUCGAGGUCCACGCGCGGGAUGUCCUUCGCCAUCUCCUCGCCCGCCGGGUUCACCAACUCGACGACUUCGAGUGGUCGCGGCAGCUGCGGUUCUACGCCGAGGACCCCCCGGCCCUGCUCUCGCCGGGCGCCGGGAAUGGCCACUUGUCCUUCACGAACGGGGCGACCGGCGGGGCGGGCGCGAGUUCGCCCGCCAACGGCGCCGGGAAUGCGGCCGGGGCGGAGGGGAUUUCGCCCGGGAUCGCGCGCUCGGCGCCGCGGGUCUGCGUGGUUCGCCAGACCAGCGCGGUGGUGCGGUACGAUUACGAGUACCUCGGGAAUAGCGGGCGGCUGGUGAUUACCGGGCUGACCGAUCGCGCCUAUAUGAUGUUGACGACGGCCCUGCAGCUCUUCCGCGGCGGCCUCCCGCAGGGCCCGGCGGGGACCGGGAAGACCGAAACCGUCAAGGACCUCGGCAAGGCGAUCGGGAAGUACGUGAUGGUCUUUAACUGCUCCGAAAGUUUGGACUACCGCUCCGUCGGGCGGAUGCUGAGCGGGAUCGCGCAAACCGGCGCGUGGUCCUGCUUUGACGAGUUUAAUCGGAUCGAGGUCGAGGUGCUUUCGGUCGUCGCGCAGCAGAUUUUGUCCAUCCUGGCCGCCGUCUCCGAGCGCCGGCAGGCGUUUCUGUUCGAAGGGACGGAGAUCCCGCUCAAUCUGAAUUGCGGGAUCUUCGUCACGAUGAACCCGGGCUACGCCGGGCGCUCCGAGCUCCCGGACAACCUCAAGGCCCUCCUCCGCCCGAUUUCGAUGAUGGUGCCUGAUUUCGGCCUGAUCUGCGAGAUCACGAUGCUCUCCGAGGGCUUCGAGGAGUCGGAGGGGCUGUCGAAGAAGGUCUCCAUCCUCUACGAGCUGAUGGAGAACCAGCUGUCGAAGCAGGACCACUACGACUUCUCCCUGCGCAACAUCAAGGCGGUCCUCGUGCAGGCGGGCAACCUCAAGCGGGAGAACUUCCCAGGGACCGAGUCCCAGCUUUGCCUCAAGGCGAUGAAGGACAUGAACCUGCCGAAGUUCGUCAAGGCGGACGUCCCGCUUUUCCUCGCGAUGUUGGGGGAUCUCUUCCCGGGCGUGGAGCCGCAGGGGAGCGGGCUGGAGGAGCUUUGGGCGGCCGCCCUCGACGAGCUCGAGGCCGCGAACCUCGAGAAGAACGCGCAGAUCCUGAGCAAAACCCUGCACUUGUGGGAUACGCUGCGGACGCGGCAUGGGGUGAUGGUGGUGGGGCUGUCGGGGUCCGGCAAGACGGUGACCUGGCGAACCCUCGCAGGGGCGCUGAAGCGGCUCGCCGACAGCGGCCUCGGCGGCCCCUACGAGCCGGUGCGGGUUUCCCUGCUCAACCCCAAGUCGGUCACGAUGGACGAGUUGUACGGCAGCUAUAAUCAGGCCACGCGGGAGUGGAAGGAUGGCAUUUUGUCCGACCUCAUGCGGCAGAUCUGCCGCGACGCCUCGGAGACGCACUACAAGUGGCUGCUUUUUGACGGCCCGGUGGAUACGCUGUGGAUUGAGUCCAUGAACACCGUCCUGGACGAUAACAAGAUGCUCACCUUGAACUCCGGGGAGCGAAUCAACCUCAACCCCAGCGUGAGUAUGUUGUUUGAGGUGCAGGACCUCUCGCAGGCCUCCCCGGCGACGGUCUCGCGGUGCGGGAUGGUGUACUUCACCGUGGAGGAUCUGGGCUGGCAGCCUUUCGCCAUGACGUGGCUUCGCUCGCGGCGGAAUUUCGAGAUCGCGCUGAACACCCCGAAGCCGGACGCCACGAUUCACGAGUUGGAGGACUUCGUCCUGAACACGCUGGCGAGCACGCUGGCCUUCAAGGCCGCGGAGUGCGCGGAUUUGAUGCCCACGACGACCCUCAACACCGUCCGCUCCUUCACGACGAUGUUCGACGCCCUGGCGACGUCGGAGGCCCGCCCGGUGAUCCCGGGCGGGGCCGCCUACCAAACCUCGCAGGCCGGCGACAAUUACCUCCCUCAACUUCGGAUGUUGGCGAUGUUUUGCCUGGUCUGGGCGGUCGGCGGGCCCUUGACGGCGCCCUCGCGGCAGAAGUUGGACUCCUUCAUUCGCGAGAUGGACUCGUCCUUCCCGUCGACGGAGACCGUCUUCGAGUACUUCCCGGAGCUGCAGGGGCUGCGGUGGUGCGCGUGGGAGGAGCACCCGGGGCUUCGCGCGCGCUUCGCCCCGCCGGCCGCGACGCCCUACCACGCGCAGAUCGUCCCGACUUUGGAUACGGUGCGGUAUGAAUAUCUCAUCUCGCAGCUCGUGCGGAGCCGCGUGCAUUUAGUCCUGGUGGGGAUGGCGGGGACGGGGAAGUCGCUCCUCGCGCGGAAAGUUCUCGCCGGCCUGAGCCGCGAGACCCACAUGACGGCGGCGCUGAACCUCUCCGCGCGGACCUCCGCGCGCAACGUCCAGGACAUCAUCGAGGGCCGGAUGGAGCACAAAUCCAAAAAAGUCUGCGCCCCCCCGCACGGGCGGCGCAUGAUUUGCCUCAUCGAGGACUUGAAUAUGCCGGCGAAGGAGAAAUUCGGCGCCCAGCCCCCGCUCGAACUGCUUCGGCAGUGGUUGGAUAAUGGGUUUUGGUACGACAGCCAAACCCGCGCGCAGCGGAAGGUGAACGAUAUGCAGCUCCUCUGUUGUAUGACCUACGGCCGCCCCGACAUCUCGGAGCGGUUUAUGAGCAAGCUGAACAUCUUCAACAUCACCUUCCCCACCGAGACGGUGAUUGAGAAGAUCUACACGGCGAUUUUGGAGAAUCGCCUGGCGCCUUUUGGGGACCUGCGCGGCUACAUCAGCGCGAUCGUCAAGGCGACGAUCGCGACCUACGCGCGGGUCUCCGCCGAGCUCUUGCCGAUCCCGAGCAAAUCCCACUACCUUUUCAGCCUGCGCGAUUUGAGCAAAGUCUUCCAGGGCAUCUACGGCUGCGAUUUGUCCUCGCUGACCUGCAAGGAGCACCUCGCGGGGCUUUGGCUGCACGAGUGCGAGCGCGUUUUUGCCGAUCGCAUGAACAACGACGCCGACCGCGCGUGGUUUCACCAAAUCCUCAACGAGAAGCUCAACAACGACUUCCAGACAAAGUGGGUGAGCAUUUUGAAAUCCUUUAUUAAAGAAGCCGGGGGGGGGAGGACGGCACUGGGAGGCGGAGGAAAAUCCUACGCGGCGCAUCCCCCGCCGCCGCCGCCGCCGGUGACGGAAAACGAGAGCCCGAUUUUUGUCGAUUUCUGGGAUGGCGAGUACGACGAGAUGGCGAAGUACCGCUUUGUCCCCUCCAUGGAGGCCCUUCGCCAGCGCGUGGAGGAGAGUAUGGAGCAGUUCAACGCGGAGCCCGGCACGCGGCCCGUCAACCUUGUCUUUUUCAACGACGCCCUCUGCCAUCUCUGUCGGAUUCACCGCAUCAUUCGCCUCCCGCACGGGAACGCGUUGUUGGUGGGGCUCGGGGGCAGCGGCCGCAGCUCCCUCACCCGCCUCGCCGCCUACCUCGCCGGCUAUACGUUCUUCACCAUCGAGGUUCACAAAAAGUACGACAUCGAGUGCUUUCACGAGAAUCUCCGCACCCUCUACAAGGCCUGCGGGGUGAAGCACCAGAACAAGGUGUUUUACUUUUCCGACAACCAGGUCAUGCACGCAGCCUUCCUAGAGGACAUCAACAACAUGCUGUCCUCCGGCGAGGUCCCGAACCUCUUCGUCAAGGACGAGCUCCGCCAGAUCCAGGAGGAUGUGCGGAAGCUCGCGCUUUUGGAGGGCUGCCGGGAUGCCCCGGACGAGCUCUACAACUUCUUCCUGGAAAAGGCGCGGCGCCACCUGCACCUCGUCGUCGCGAUGUCCCCGGCGAAGAAGGAGUUUCGCGAUUGGCUUCGGCAGUUCCCCGCGUUGGUGUCCUGCACCUGCAUCGACUGGUUCGCCGCGUGGCCGACGGAGGCGCUGAAGGAGAUCGGCCUGCGGUACUUGAAGGAAACCGCCGAGUCGGACGAAACCGAGGAGGAGCUUAAUACGAUUUGCGAUAUGUUUGUUUACAUGCACGACACCACCGGGGAGCGCUCGCAGCAGAUGCGGGAGCACCUCCACCGCUAUAAUUACGUCACCCCGUCCUCCUAUUUGGACCUCGUCCGCGGCUUCCGCGCGAUGUUGACGCGAAAGUGCGAGGACAUCACGGAGCAGCGGGACAAACUCGCGAACGGGAUGUCGAAGCUCGAGGAGACGAAGCUGACGGUGAGCCGCAUGACCGAGAGCCUCAAAGUCCAGGACGAGAAGCUCCAGCUCAAGUCCGAGGAGGUCUCCAAGGCCACGGAGAGCAUCCAGGUCCGCCAGCGCAUCGCGGAGGAGCAGCAAACCCUCGUCGCCUCCGAGAAGGUCAAAAUCGAGCAGGCCAAGCGCGCCGCGUUGGGGGAUCAGACGGAGGCCCAAGCCGACCUCGACCGCGCGAUGCCGACGCUUCUGGAGGCCCAGGCCGCGCUCGACAAGCUCGACAAGAGCGAUAUCAACGAGGUCAAAUCCUACAAAACCCCCGCGGCGAUGGUGCAUACGGUGAUGGAGGCCGUCCAAACCGCCCUCCACCGCAAGCUGGACUGGGAUGAGGCGAAGAAGUCCCUCAGCGAGCCGAAGUUCAUUGACAUGCUGAAAACCUAUCACGAAACGCACGAUAUGACGGAUCAGAAGUUGUUGAACAGCCUGGACAAGUUCGUCAAGCGGCACGACUUCACGCCGGCCGCCGCGAGCUCGGUCUCGAAGGCGGCCGGGGGGCUUUGCCAGUGGGUGAUCGCGAUUCACAAGUACGGCAACAUCUACAAAGAGGUCCACCCGAAGAUUGUGAAGAACGAAAACGCCCAUCAACGCGUCCGCGCGCAGGAGGAGAUGCUCCGACAGAAAGAGGAGAAGCUCCAGCGCAUCGUGGACGAGGUCCGGCGCCUCGAGGCGGACCUGCAGACCAACAUCAACGAGAAAAAUCAGCUCAUGCGCGAUGCCCGGGAGACGCAGGACAAACUCAGCCGCGCGCGGAUUAUCGUGGACGGCCUGGAGGGCGAGCGCGAUCGCUGGACGGAGUCCAUCGCGCGCUACGAGAUCGACCUGGGGAACAUCCGCGGCGAUACGCUGCUCGCGACGGGGUUUAUGAGCUAUUGCGGGGCCUUCACCGCCGAUUAUCGCCUGCUGCUCUGGCAGAGUUGGCUAAAAGAGAUGCGCCGGCUCCAACUUUGCAUGAAUCGCGACUUCAAUUUCGUGAAUUUCUUGGUCGACCCGACGGAGGUGCGGGAUUGGCACCAAACCGGGCUUCCCGGGGAUGACUUUAGCCGCGAGAACGGCGCGAUCGCGAUGUGCGGCCCGCGCUAUCCGCUGAUGAUCGACCCCCAACAGCAGGCGAUUAAGUGGAUUAAACGCAUGGAGCGCGAUAACGGGCUCAAGAUGAUCGACCCCAAGCAGCCGGACUUCCAAAAAACGGUCGAGAACGCCGUCUUGCUGGGCUGUCCGCUGCUUUUGCAGGACGUCCUGGAGGAGAUCGACCCGAUUCUCGACCCCAUCAUGUCCAGGGCGAUUAUCCGCAAAGGAAAUCGGCAGCUCGUCAAGCUCGGGGAUAACUACAUCGAGUACAACGAGAACUUUAAAUUAUACAUCACCACCCGCCUGUCGAACCCGCACUACUCGCCGGAGACCUGCACCAAAGUGUGUUUGUUGAACUUCGCCGUCAAGGAGCAGGGCCUGGAGGAGCAGCUGCUGAAAAUCGUCGUGGAGCGCGAGAAGCCCGAGCUGGAGCACGAGAACGAGAAGCUCAUUUUGGACAUGGCCGCCGCGAAGAAGGAGACGAAGCGGCUGGAGGAUGACAUUCUCGAUUUGCUCUCGAGCUUCCAGUGCUCGCUGCUGGAGAAUAAACGGCUGAUCGACACUUUGCAGUCCGCCAAGGUCACCGCGGCGAACAUCAAAAAACAACUCAAGGAGUCGGAGGAGACCUCGGUGAAGAUCUCGCAGGCGCGCGAGGAGUACCGCGAGUGCGCGCAGCGGGCGUCGAUACUCUUUUUCGUCCUGGCGGACCUCGGCGCGAUUGAUUCGAUGUACCAAUUCGCGCUGGACUCCUACAUUGAGCUCUUCCAAAACAGCAUCCGCCGCUCGACGGAGAAGAUCACGUCUCGCUCGAUGGAGGAGCGGAUUAAGACCCUGAACACGUGGCAUACGGCGGCGGUCUACACCAACACCUGCCGCGGUCUUUUCGAACAACACAAGCUGCUCUUUGCCUUUCACAUGACGAUGCGCAUUUUGCAGGCGGCGGGGAAGGUGAACCUGGAGGAGUACACCUUUUUGAUGCGCGGGGGGCAGAUUUUGGACAAGCAAGGCCGCCUGCCGAACCCGGCCCCGCUAUGGCUCUCGGAGCGGUGUUGGGAUCAUCUGCUCGAGCUCGACAAACUCACCAAUUUUCACGGCAUCGCCGCCCACGUCGAGCAGAACGCCGAUCUCUGGCGGGAGUGGUACCUUCUGGAGCUCCCCGAGGAGGCCGAGCUCCCGGGGGACUGGCAGAACCUCUGCCGGGAUAACUACAUCCAAAAGAUGAUCUUUGUUCGCUGUCUCCGCCCGGAUCGGCUGGUGUUUAUGGUCUACGAGUUUAUCGAGGACCAGCUCGGCUCGCAGUUCGUCGAGCCGCCGAGUUUCAACCUCAAGGAGGCCUACGAGGAGAGCAGCAAUUCGAUCCCGCUGGUGUUCGUCCUCUCCGCCGGGGUGGACCCGACGACGCAGCUGAACGCGAUCGCCCAGCGCGAGGGCCACACCCUCAAAACCCUCGCCCUCGGCCAAGGCCAGGGCGAGAACGCCAAGCGCGCGAUUCAGGAGCUCAGCCAGACCGGCGGCUGGGUCUUCCUCGCGAAUUGCCAUUUGAUGGUCUCCUGGUUGGUGGAGCUGGAGAAGAUCAUCGACGACCUGGCGGAGCAGAACCCGCACAAGGAUUUCCGCCUCUGGCUGAGCUCGGUCCCCACCCCGGGCUUCCCGAUUGGGAUUCUCCAGCGCGCGAUCAAAAUGACGACGGAGCCGCCCAAAGGGAUCAAAGGCAACAUGCUCCGCCUCUACAACGGCAUCAGCGAGGAGCAGUUCGCCGACCACGGCGGGGCCCACCCUGUGUUCUACCGCAACCUCCUCUUCGCGCUCUGCUUCUUUCACAGCGUCCUGCUGGAGCGGCGGAAGUACGGGACCCUGGGCUACAACGUCCUCUACGACUUCACCGCCGCCGACUUCGAGGUCUCGGAGAACAUCCUAGAGCGCUAUCUCCACCACACCCUUUCCGACCUCCCGGAGGACAUCCCGUUCGUGACGAUUCGCUACCUGAUCGCGGAGGCCUCCUACGGCGGGCGGGUCACCGACGACUGGGACCGGCGCCUGCUCAACACCUACAUCGCGCAGUACAUGUGCGUCCGAGGGGUGCGCGAGGAGCGCUACGCGCUUUCCGCCGCCGCCGAGUACGUCAUCCCGGCGGAGUGCACGACGGUGCAGGCCUGCCUGCAGGAAUGCGCGCGGCUCCCCAUCACGGACCCCGCCGAGGCCUUCGGCCAACACGCCAACGCCGACAUCGCCAGCCGCAUCGCCGAGUCCAGCGCGUUGUUGGAGAAUUUGAUCGGCAUCAACGCCACCCUCGCGCGCGGCGGCGGCGGCGGCGGCGGCGGCGGCGGGGGAAGUGGAAGUACGGGCAUGGGGAGCAGCGGCGGGCCCGGCUCCGCGCGGCCGCCCUCGCAGGAGGAUCGCUGCUUGGAUAUCUUGGCCUCGCUGGAGGAGCCCAGUAAGGCCGCGAUCCCGGCCUUGAUCGACUACGACGCCAUUUUCGAGGCCACCAGCGAGGAGCGCCAGAGCGCGCUCAACACCUGCCUUCUGCAGGAGGUCCAGCGGUUUAACCUGCUGCUGGCGAAGAUUCACCGCCAGCGCGGGGAGCUGCGGCUCGCCGUGCGCGGCCGCAUCGUCAUGUCGGACGAGCUCGAGGGCAUCUUCACGGCCCUCCUCCUCGGCCGCGUCCCCGUGGCGUGGGGGAGCGCCUACCCCAGUCUCAAACCCCUCGCGAGCUGGUCGGUCGAUUUGGUAGGGCGGGUGGAGCAGCUGAAGAUGUGGGGGCAGCGAACCCCCGCCGUCUUUUGGCUCUCCGGCCUCACAUACCCGACCGGAUUCCUCAAAAGUUUACAACAACAACAGGCCCGCACCGAUCGCGUCUCGAUUGAUCAAUACGGGUGGGAGUUCCUCCUGCUCACGCAGGAGGAGCGGAGCAUCAUCCACGGCCCGAAAAAGGGGGCUUACGUCCGCGGCAUCUACCUCGAGGGGGCGGGGUGGAAUUUCGAGAACAACACCCUCUGCGAGCCGAAUCCGAUGGAGCUUAUUGUGCGCAUGCCGGUGAUUCACUUUAUCCCUAAGUUGCACACCAACAAGCCGCCCACGGAGUCCAUUUACAAGGCCCCGCUUUAUAUGUACCCUAUUCGUACCGGAACCCGCGAGAGGCCCUCUUUUGUCGUCGCGAUCGACCUCGAGAGCGGGGAUGCCGUUCCAGAACACUACACCAAACGCGGUACCGCCCUUCUGUUAUCGACGGACGAAUAA